AUGAAUGGUCUUGCACUGAAUGCAGUGACUCUUUUUGUCGUUGUAUGCGGCUUAUACGCAUCACCGAUAUUAUCACCAAGAAAAUGGGAAAUAGCAGAAGGAGCAUUUGAAGGCGAUAUGUUCUUUCAUGGAAGCAAAGCACGUGGAGUUGCAGUUCGUCGUGCCGGUGCACGUUGGACUAAUGGUAUCAUUCCGUAUCAAUUUUUACCAGGAUAUACAUCAGAUCAGCAGGCGUUUAUUGUAAAUACAAUGCGAAUGAUGGAAAGUGCAUUGGCAAUUAAUAAUGCCAAAUGUGUUCAAUUUCGACCGAGAGUAUCAACUGAUACAUAUUAUAUUUCAAUUACGAAUGGAACCGGUUGCUCAUCUAUGGUUGGGAUGCCAGACACAAUUCCGUUCAAUCAUACAGUUACAUUGCAAACUGACGGCUGUUUCGUUAGCGGAAUCGUUAUGCAUGAACUUAUUCACACAUUAGGUUUUAAACACGAACAAUCACGACCUGAUCGAGAUUUAUACGUUCGAGUUAAUAUAGCCAAUAUUGAUCCAUCGAUGUUAUUCAAUUUUGAUAAAUACAAUAAUAGUGAAGUUGAUACUCAAAAUACACCGUAUGACUAUGAAUCAGUGAUGCAUUAUGAAACUUAUGCAUUAUCCAUCAAUGGUUUACCAACGAUCGAACCGCUUCAACCUAAUGUUAAAAUUGGACAACGGUACAAGUUGAGUGACAUUGAUAUUCAAGAAAUUCGACAAUUUUAUAACUGCUCAGCAAAUGGAGUCACAUUGCCACCUACUACAACGGCCGCUACUACAACAAAAGCAGGUAUAGUUACAUCAGUUUAUAAUGGUAUGUUGACAUCGAGCAAUCCACAAUAUUUCCGUUUAAAUGGCUCAGCAUCAACCUAUUACUACGAUGUUAUUAAAGUAAUUGUUCCAUCAGCCGGUCAAUAUGUUAUAUAUGGAAGUAGUAGCCGUAUAGAUACUUACGGUUAUAUUUAUCAUGAUCCAUUCAACCCAGCUAGCACAUCUACAAACUUUAUUUCAGCAAACGAUGACGGCGCUUUUAAUUCACAAUUCAAUUUUACCAUUAACUUCCCCAGCUAUUAUGUAGUCCAUCUAGUAGUUACAACUUUUUAUCCGGGUGUGUUAGGAAACUACUCAGUUAUUGCGAAUGGUCCCGCAGCAGUAACAUUCGUUCUACUUACUGCUGGUACAACUACUACAACCACUACCCCUAAGCCUACUACAACAACUACUACCACUACAACGGCUAAACCCACGACAACAACAACAACAACUACUACUACUACAAGUAGUAAGCCUACAACAACUACGACAACUGUCCCAACAACUACGACUGUAGUCAAUAUUGGACCCCGACCAAUAAAUCUUUUCUAUCCGUCGGAUCUCACUCAACCAGUCUGUCCGAGUGGGUAUUCGUGGACAAUGUGGUUUAAUGAGGGCAAGCCAGCUAACGCCAGCGCUGGUGAUUUGGAAGAUAUGACCGUUAUUCUUGCUCGAAAUCCAACGACUCUAUGCCGUCUUCCAUACAGCUGCCAAGCACAAUCGAUUAAUUCUCCAACAACUCAACCAUCUGGUCAAUGGUUGUUAAGUCGACCGGACAGCACACUUUUCCUGAUCUCAUACAAAUCCUUGGCACCUCUUGGUGUUGAUUUUCGCGUUCGAUACUGCUGCUCCAACGGCUCGUUCACUCCACCAACAGUUCCAGCUGUUGUACCAUUGCCUUUAGAUAGUUCAACAUGUGGUAAACAAGCUAUUACACCACGAGCGAAAGCCAUUAGCCGAAUCUAUGGAGGAACAGAUGCUAUUGCUAAUUCAUGGCCAUGGAUGCUUUAUUAUCAAGAAAGAAGAUUACAAGGAACUAGUUACGUCUAUUACGUCUGUGGUGCUACUCUAAUCAGUGCAGAUUAUGCAAUUACUUCGGCGCAAUGCAUUGGUGCAACCAAUCCAUCCGAUGGUACACUAAUUGCUGGCAUGCAUGAUAGAACCUCAGCUGCAGAAGGUAAUACACAACAAUGGCGUACAGCAAAAUCGUUCACCAUUCAUCCUCAGUAUGAUGCAGCUUCGUAUGCAAAUGAUAUUGCUCUGAUUCGUGUGAAUCAAUCAUUUAUGCUAAAUCAAUAUGUACAAGCUGCAUGUUUACCAGGUGGCGAACCACAACCUGAUGACGAUGCUGUCGUUGUUGGAUGGGGUUCUCAAAUAUUAGGCGGUGCAAUUAGUAAUACUCUACAACAAGCUUAUACUAAGGUUGUUCGCGACUGUGAACGUUGGUGGUCGUUUGUAGAUAGUGCUCGGCAAAUAUGCACUGCUGAUUCGAUGCUUGGCAGUUCAACAUGUUCCGGCGACCUUGGUGGACCUGUUCUGGCUAAGUACCAAGGGCAAUAUGUUGUAGCAGGUAUAACUAGCUUUGUACGUGAUUGCAAAACAACAGGAACUGGUACUUAUCCAAACGUAUUCACACGUGUUGCUGCUUACAAAGCAUGGAUUAAGAGCAUUGCUGGAUAA